GACAUCCGGCGGAAGUAAAGAUUUUUAAAAGGCGGCAGUUUGGUUGUUCCAGCGUUGACUUUUGGAGGCUCGCUUUGUGCUGUGUGUGAGCCGAGUGUGUGUGAGCCGUGUGUGUGUGAGCCGUGUGUGUGAGCCGAGUGUGUGUGAGCCGAGUGUGUGUGAGCCGAGUGUGUGAGCCGAGUGUGUGAGCCGAGUGUGUGUGAGCCGAGUGUGUGAGCCGAGUGUGUGUGAGCCGAGUGUGUGAGCCGAGUGUGUGAGCUGUGGCAGUAACAAUGCCUUCAGUUCAGUAUCUGAGAGAGUUUAUCAACGAGCGACUAACUGCUGCUGCUGAACAAAUAUUCUUGGAGUUUGAAAAAACGAUCGUCCAGUACGAGGAAGAGAUCGACCGUCAGCGCAGACUGCUGGAUAUCACCUGGAAACCCCAAAUCAAGCUGCACAGGACAGACGUCCCACAGCAGCAGGUCUGUGAGGAGGAGGAGGAGGUUCUCCCUGAGCAGCAGCUCUGGAACCAGGAGAGGAGCUCCAGUGUGGACCAGGAGGAACCAGAACCUCCACAGAUUAAAGAGGAACAGGAGGAACUGUGCAGCAGUCAGGAGGGAGAGCAGCUGGGACUGAAGGAGGAGACUGAAGUUCAUAAUGAUCCUGUGCAGUACGAGGAAGAGAUGGAGCGUCAGCGCAGACUGCUGGAUAUCACCUGGAAACCCCAAAUAAAGCUGCACAGGACAGACAUCCCACAGCAGGAUAUCUGUGAGGAGGAGGAGGUUCUCCCUGAGCAGCAGCUCUGGAACCAGGAGAGGAGCUCCAGUGUGGACCAGGAGGAACCAGAACCUCCACAGAUUAAAGAGGAACAGGAGGAACUGUGCAGCAGUCAGGAGGGAGAGCAGCUGGGACUGAAGGAGGAGACUGAUACCUUUAUGGUGACUACUGCUGAGGAAGGAGAGCACAGUGAACCAGGAGGAGACGGGCAGCAGCUCCUCUCUGAUGACUCUCCUCAAAGUGAAAUCACAGAUGAAGAAUCCAGCAAGUGUGAAGAGUCAGGGUCAAGUGAAACUGUGACCUCGGUGCCAAAGAAGAGACAGAAGAGAGACAGAAGUCACGAUGAUGUGGAGAGCUGGACUGUGUCAGAGAGUCCCUGCAAUGCUGCCACAGGUAGAGAGUCUGAUGUUUGCCAAAAAUCUGUCAAGAAUCAGGCCCAAAGAAAGAAACCCCACACUGAUGUGAAACCGUAUCGUUGUGAUACAUGUGGGAAAAGCUUCAGUGAUAGAAGUACAUGGAAACGCCACCUUAGAACCCACACAGCCACAUUCUGCCAGUCUGUUCAACGCCACCAGAGAAGCUGCCGUACAAGCCGCUGCUGACUGGGCUGCAAUUAAAAGAUCAUCUACAUACUGUAUUAAUGUACAGCCUUCAGGCAAUUGACAUGGAGACAAGGCCUCUUUCAGCACCUGAUUGAAAAUGCCUGGAGACAAUGCAAAGCCCUGUGGCAGCCGAGUGUAUCUAAACUUUCGGCCUCUGUAUGUAAAUGAGAAAAUGUCUCUGAGUGACUCAUGCAGUGGGAGACAGAAGAAUGCAUUUGCUAAAUCAAUACAAGUGAACCAUUUUUGAUCCCAUUUCAGUGCAGUUAAAGCUGUGUAUGGGUUUGGCACAGGCACAGUGUCAGUACGCAGUAUGGCAUUAAUUGCUCUCAAAUCAUGUGUCAUACGGUACUUUCCUGUCCCCUGCUUUUCUACUGACAAAAUAGGUGUGUUCCAAUGUGCGUAUGAUGGCUCUAACACUCCUACCUGCAGCAGCCCUUCAAUGGUCUCUGCGAUCCCUGCCUCCGCUUCUGGUUUGUGUCUGUACUGCGGUCUGUUAAUCGGUACAUCUGACUUGAGCUGGAACAGAACAGGCGAACAAGUAGCCAGACCAACGUCCGUGGGCCCUUUGGACCACAGACUGUCAGGCAGUUUAGACAAUUCAGCAACAGCAUCAGGAUGAUCAGUUCUCUCCCUACCGUGUGUUCUGGAAAUUUCUUUGUGUUCAAGCACUACUGUGUCGUCACAGACACAGUUGAUUCGAUAUAUUUUACAUUUUUGUGCAUAGGAAACAUUAGGAAUUUGUGUGGACUGCCACCAAGCGUUAUCCAGUGCUCGCUUAACCAUCGGUCCCAGAUCCCUCGCCUCGUGCCCAUCAUGGACCGCUAAGGUAAUGUGCGGAGCUGAAUCCUCUCCCACAUUAUACCAAGGCAGUUGUUCAUCAGUUAAUUUCACAGCCGCAGCGACAUCUUCUGGUCCAAUAUAAAUGUUUUUACAAUGCACCUUCCAGGUCUGACCCUCAAGCUCAGACUGGAAAUGUUCCCGAUAGGUGUCAUCAUCUUCUCUAUCAUAGAACAGGGUAACAUGGAAUGGAUCUCGUGGCGAGGAAUAGACGGCCAGGCUCAUUAUCCAGGGUUUCCACAGCACGAAUUGUCUCAGAAUGUCUUCGUCCACCAACCUGCCCCAGUAAAUGUCGGCUUUCGGUUGUUCAGAGUCUUGGACUAGAUAUUGAGUCUUUGAAAGUGAUCCCAGGCACGGGAAUUCUUUUCCUCCCGGCAGAGCAACUGUCAGUCCAUCUGCAGAACACAUGAUUGUAGCUCCCAGUUUCACAAGCAGAUCCCUGCCCAUGAGGUUUACAGGCACCUGUGGUGACACCACGUAUUGGUGUUUCAAAGUCUGUUUUCCCAGCUUGGUCAAUGCUGGAUCAGUGAGAGGCAGAGUCAUUGGAACACCGGAAAAGCCCACCACAUCAACCGUGUGACAGGAGAGUGAUGUUCUGUCUGGUGUGGCUUUCAAUGUUGAGUAUGUUGCUCCAGUGUCCACCAGAAAGGACAAUUCUGUCCCCUCCACGGACAUCGACAGCAUGGGUUCUGCCAUUCCCACACUGUCUGCUCUCUCCGGGUUUUGUCAGAACUGCUCGCCCCCCCCAGCCCCAGUCGACUACUGGGUACUGAGCAGCUGGUGCCGCAUUUGGGUUUGGUGCCUGAUGUACUCCCCUGAAACCACCUCUUCCUCUCGGGGAUCCACGUGCCUGGGGUUGGUAGCCUCGCCCUUGAUAGCUGGGGGUCGGGUUGGGGCAAUUUCGAGCCCAGUGUCCUUGUGCUCCACAUCUGAAGCAGCCAGUGGUCCAAACUGCGUUGCUGGGAUUCCCUGCACUCUGAGCCCUUUGUCCUCCCCUCCAGGAUCCACCACGCCCCCUCUGCGAUCCCCCGGUUCCCCAAUUCCCUGCAGGUUGGCGCUGCCUUGGUGCCUUAGCGGGCCAGCGGUCAUCAGGGUAGAGGUUCGCGUCCAAAUCCGGCCAAUCAGGCACAGGAUCAGGCUGUGGGGUUGCCACCAUCAUUCUCUUAGGGCUCUCUUUAUCCUCCUUCUUUCUUUCACUGGCUUUAUUUUUUGCUUCGGCCAGCUGCAACUUGACCAGCCACGCCUGUGCCUCCUCCAGCUCUUUCUUUUGUUUGUUCACACUAUCCUGUUCGCACUGCAAGCGAUGGGUGACAUGCCUCUCCCACUGCACAGAAUCUGCCACGGCAAAAUCAGGAUUCUUCUCUAAGUCAGCUGCGACUUGUUUGGGCAGUCCAGCUAGAAUGGCGGCACGAAACCAAGCUCUAUGCUCCCCCUCCUGGCCGGGAUGUAUGCCUGUUUGCGACAGCCACUGCUCCUUUGCUUUUGCUAAAAACUCUCUAGGGGUAUCUUUUGGAUCCCAAAUAAUCUUUGGUAUAGCUCCAGUGUUGGGUGCUGGAUAUUUUUCACGAACUGCCUUUGCUAUUUCUUUUUGCACUCUGUAAUAGGGAACAUCAUUAGGGUACUCAGUGGUCUUAGCUAUCUCCUCUACAUCAGACAGACCCCCCCCCCACCAUACAACGUCCAGCCAGGGCUCUAAAGUCUCCAAUGGCCAAUUCGUCGCCUUCGGUCAGUGCCGCUAACUUCCUUAACCAACUUGCUCCUCCCUCAGUUAUUGGUGGGAGCUGGGAAGCCAGGGCUUCCAAAUCUCUGACCUUAUAUGCACGAUAAAUUGGCUGUUGUUUAGGUCCAACUAUUAGGGGCAUAACAGAUUUUAGCUUAGACUUCACUGUCCUAUGCUUUCCCUGCCCUCCCUGACCUUCUGAGUGGUCAAACAUGGACCUCCUUACUCCUCGUGCUCCUACAGUCUCCUCCUUUGUUGGAUUUUUUCCCACCGUUCUGUUCCUCAGGCUGAUGACUGGACCUGGGUCAGAUUCAGCUUUUCCUCUCAUGUCCUCUUCCUCAUCACUCUCUUCUUCUGAUGAUGUCACACAGGCAGCUUUCUCUACCUUUGACAUUUCUCUUGCUGUCUUCUGUCUAACUUCAUCCAGUGUAUGCAAAACCUCCAACAGGCCACGUUCGUCCUCAUUCAUACACCCAUGCACUCGUCCUUCCCAUCGUUCCUUCUUCAGUUUGGCCAGGAUCCCUGUCCGAACCGGUGCUUCCCGGGCUGGUGUUGGCAAUUCCUUGAAUUUGGACAAUGUGAGUUCGUCUCCUGGUGAUGUCAUAUCCUCCAUUGGAGAGGCCAAUUCAGUCUGGUUCUCUGGCCUUGACGGUCCUUCCAUCGGGUCUUCUUCCUGGGCCACGUCACCACCGGUCAGCGAAUGGUGAGGCGAGGACAAGCCUACAUCUGCAGCUGAGGCCAUUGUCCCUCCCCCAUCCAUGGGCUGAGUGUCCACCGCGCUAAACCCUUCUCGGGGAAUUGUCAGGGGUGCACUCACAUAUUGCACGUCUGCAACUCCCCCCAGGACCACGCCUGUUUGACCCUCCGGGCCACGCACGUGUCCUCCUUCAAAAGUCAUCAUAGGCAUGACAUAUGGUGGUGGUGGGGCACUGGGUGUCAAUGUGGCCCAGGGAUAUAAUCUUGGGGUGUGAGAUUUGUUAGCUUCUUCUGCCUUUGGAGUCAACUUCUUCAUCUGGUCCUCUAGUGUCUUAUGUUCUUGUUUCAAUUGUUUCAAAGACUCCAUGAUACUUACCAUGUCUUCUGUUUUUCCUGUUACAUCCUCCUUUUCUUCCUUCAUCCAGGAACAUGCUGCAUUCCACAAGAACAGCCACUUGCAACAUUGUGUGUGUUUUGCCUUUAAGUCCUUAAUUUCUCCUUUGGCUUUCCGGUUGACUGAACGCCCCUCUGACUCUUUUUCCAGUUGUUUUAUUUUCUGCUCACAUCUCUCUCCUUCCGCUUUGAGCACUAUAUUUAGGGCUAUUUUAUCCUCCAAUCCUUUCUGUUGGGAAGCAAUAAAUUUACUUACCUCCGCUUCCAUAGCCUGACACUCUUUUUCCACUGAUUUGGAUGCUCCAAGAGCAGCCAAACGAAUGGCUCUCUUGAGCUGUUCAAGCUGCUGCUUAAGAGGCUUAUAGCCCCUUUCUCCACUUGAUGUCACACUUGGGCUGUCAGCCAUUUCCUAAAACACAGACUUACCUCCCCAAAUGACGUCACUCGGCUCCUCCUCCCGGGUUACCUCGCUACGUCUGCCUUUCAGUUUCAGAAUCAGUCUCACCGCUUUAUCAGCCACUAUCUCCUCCUCCACCUGCUCAACAACACACAGUUACCCAACCUGUCAGAAACUAUCCCCGAGUUAACAACAUUCGCAUUAAAUCACACUCCUUUACUUUCCACGGUAAUUUCAUAAAGACACCAGCAGUGUAUGUUGUCCUGUGUGCACGAUGUGAUGUAACUCCAUUCACAGAGCAUCAAAUCAGCACAGACUUGCAUCAAGGCGCCAUCAUCCUACAUUAAUAAUAAAUAAAUACACACCGUGCUCUUGAGAAGAGAGCGACACACCAAUUAAACUCAGGCUCAUCUAAUUCACAAUUACACCCAUUCAAUCACACCCUUUGAAACAACACUCUGCAAAAUCUCCUCCAUUUCAAACACACCGCCACAUCCACACAAUCUCACCCACACACUUUCAUCACCCAUAUUAUUCAUUUAAAAUCACAUCACUCCAGAACGUCACAAGCAGUCACACGGCCACCAUCAUGCCAGUAUAUUAAAAUCAGACCCACUAUCAACAGCCUCAAUCAUUGAAAAAAGGAAGUCAGCCGCAGAAGAAGGCGCCCAUCCCGGGUCGUCUACAUUCCCAGCCAACUCAAUCAACCCCUGAAAUAAAAAGUAACAACGGCUCAAAUAAGCAUCUAAGUCCUCCGCCUCUACUUCUUCCCAUAUUGUCAACUCAUAUGGGUCAUCCUCCGUCUCUACAUGACACACACAGUUAACCUCCACCAAAGACCCUACCACUCGUGUAAUUUCAAUCUUACAGGACGCCUCUAACAGCAUGGUUGGAUUUCUAUAUAAUUUUAUCCAACCUAAAAUUUUAAAUUAAAAUAAAAUAAUCUUUAAAGUUUCUCCCUAAGUACAAAUCUAGUUCAACCUCUCACAAAGUUGGUGCUACACUGACCCUAACAAGUCCACUUUAUUGUGUGCUCAUGGAUGCUCUUCUAUCAGAGCUGUUUUAACAAACCACAUUUUAUUUAAACUUAUUACUUUAUCACUUUAACAAUCUGUCACACUUAUUAGUGGCUCAUUUUUUGCUUAAAGCGUAUGUCUGAACUUGAUCACAGAGACCGAGCAUUAUUCAGCACUUCAAGCUGACAAACUCCUGUUUCUCUGUAUCAAGACAGCUCAUAAAUCUUUACCAAUUCUCUCCUGAUAAUGUCCUAUAACUUCCUCUACUUAAUUUACCGUACACUAUAAGUACAGUUUAAACUAGACUUUAAAAUUUCAACUAAAUUAGGACAUCCUUUUAUCUUUAUACACUCAUUAAUUCACAGUAAUCAAUUAAAAUUGUACACGCUCAUAUAACCUCAGUUAGGCUACAGUUUGCUUCCCUUAAACACACCACAUACUAUACUAAAAUCAAAAGAUAACGGGGUUAAGUAAUAUAUUUAUAAACUUUAUGCUUUAAAAGGAAACUUAAACUCUCAUAGCAUCAAACAUACAUUGCUUAAAACCAUACUUUGCUUAAAUCAAAAACACUUUCAAACUCACACCACAGUUCCUCAUCAUUCAAUCACAGCAGUGAAACAAAACUUCAUUCACUUUCUUAUAAUAAAUAAAACCAGCAUUUGAUUAUAAAGAACAUUUGCAAAGCAUAAUUAUACAUUCAAUAACACGCUGAACAAGAAUAAAACUCCUUUGUGCACUCCACAACAGUCACCUCAUUUGCAUACACCCGCAUCAUCUAAAAAUAACCUCCAGCGCUGCAGCACGCGCUCAGGCUCACCAGCUGAUCACAGACAAAAUUCUUUUUCUUUUACAUUAUAUUACAAUGACGUCCGACAAUCACAACCACAAAUAUCAGGCCUGACAUUAUCAACACCUAAAUAAUUUUGACAACUUUAAAUUAACCGCCCAGCGGACAAACUCCCCGAGUUUUUGCAACCAAUGUCACCGUUUAUCGAUCCCGGACCGCGGCCUGAUUUCUAAAGUUCUAACACAAUUUAAAAGCGUCACCCAACCCAAACUUCACCUGAAAGUUUUAAGUUGAUAUUACACGCCUGAAACCCGGUUUCUCUAACCAAAAAAGCGCAAUGUACUAUCCCGGACAGUAAAAAGUGAUUCAAUCACUGGCUAUACUGGAAUGCCCCAAUUUCCAAAGUCGCCAACUCACUAUCCCUCAUUAAGGACAACGGCGCGCGUCCGAACCGUUGGCAAGCGUUACCUUUUGGGCAAUGCGCUUCUAAGCAGUCCAACUGCCGUUUUCAAAUACUUUAAAUACUUUGGAAACACCACAUAAAAUCACACAAGCAAUUAUAUUGAUGUUCAAGCCCGGCUUUAUAUUCAAUUGAGACUUGAGUGUCACAAACUUUCACCAAUUACCUAUCAUACUAAAUUCACUCUGCAGUCCAACUGCUUUAAAUACACUUAUUCUCUUUAACCAGUACUAUCAUUUUCAACGUUUCAUUAUCAUUACUUCAGUUUCAGAUUUUUCACCAAAGUCAAAACAGACAUUUACCAGUAAUUUCAGUGAGCAGACUUUCAAUUUACACAGCCCAAUUUGACACACUUUGGUUCAUAAGAUCAACAGGUGGUGCCUACCUUUUGAUGUAUGCCGGCUUGUCACUCACUGUCACCACUGACCGCUGCCUGAGCGCCUGACACCUCGGACCCCUCUCCGUCCUGUACUCCCCCCCGGACGAGCCUCCAAAAUGUUGGGUUCAAAAUAUUGGGAAGAAAACACAGGAGGAAUGCAAGUAACCACAAUGGUCCAAAAGAUGAAUUCAAGCGAUGACUUUAAUGAAAAUCACACGUGUGGGAGACACACCCUGCAGAACAUCAAAGGUGGAUCCCUCAAACAAUAAACAACACAAAGGUUUUAUAUGGGCAGGUUAAUACAACGCCCCUUCAUGUCUUAAGCAGAUACAAUAUUUGCAUACGUCAAAUCAAACCCACAAAACCCCAGUUAACUUUUGACCCCUUUUAAAAGAACAUCGGCUUCCAUCCUUCUCUCGGUGCAGUCCCCGCACCCACAGUCCCCACAAGACAGUUAGACAUCCUGUACUCUUAUCAAACCAUCACAUACACCCACA